CACAUUCCACACUUCCGCGUUGUCUGCUAUAAGAAGUGUGGUUGUUGUUUUGAGGGUUAACCUCAACAUAGUUUAGUUUAAAUUAUAGAUUAACUCGCGAAAAUUUAAUUUAUACUUAGUUUAAGACAUGCCGACAAUAGGUAUCAAAAGAGAUCUGCUGUUCAAAACAUUAGGAAAAAAAUAUACUGAUGAUGAAUUUAGAAAUCUUUGCUUCGAUUUUGGACUGGAAUUGGAUGAGGUGACAACAGAGAAACAGAUGAUAGCAAAGGAGACAGGCCAGGAAAGUAGUUCAGGGGCUUCCGAGGAGAUAAUCUACAAGAUUGAUAUCCCGGCCAACCGAUAUGAUCUCCUCUGCCUUGAAGGGCUUUCAGUUGCUUUGCUUAUAUUCCAAAACAAGUUGGAACCUCCUACAUAUAAGGCAGCAUUCCCGAAGGAUAAGAGCAAAAUACAAAAAUUGAUCAUGACUGAAUCGACACAGAAAAUACGUCCAUACGCCGUAGCAGCUGUGCUACGAGGUGUGAAGUUCACACAAGAUAGUUACGCAAGCUUCAUCGACCUACAGGACAAACUUCACCACAACAUUGCACGCAAGCGCACUCUAGUAGCGAUUGGCACUCAUGACCUUGAUACUAUCCAGGGCCCCUUCACGUACGACGCUCUGCCACCUGACCAGAUCAAGUUCCAGGCUCUCAACACUGACAAGGAACGCACAGCGACUGAACUCAUGGAAUUGUUCUCUAGUCACGCUCAGCUGAAGCAGUAUCUACACAUAAUCAGAGACAGCCCUGUGUACCCUGUUAUAAAAGACAGCAAUGGAGUGGUACUGUCCAUGCCUCCAAUCAUCAACGGCCAUCAUUCUCGCAUCACUCUGGAUACCAAGAACAUCUUCAUAGAGUGCACGGCUACAGAUCUUACAAAAGCCAUUGUGGUGCUGGACACACUGGUGUGUGCGUUCUCCAUGUACUGCACAGCACAGUAUCAAGCGGAGGUUGUCGAAAUCAUAAGGCCUGAUAAGAGUGUGGAGAAAUAUCCUAAACUUGCUUACCGUAAGGAGGUUGUGGCAACAAAAAAAGUCAACAAAUAUAUCGGCAUUAAUGAAGGUUCUGACCACCUGGCGAACUUACUGAACAAAAUGUGUCUGAAGUCUCGGGUAUGUGGUGGAGAGAUUGUCGUGGAGAUUCCACCCUCACGGCAUGACAUCUUGCAUCCCGUUGACAUUUACGAGGAUGUUGCCAUUGCUUUUGGCUACAAUAACAUUCUCAAAACAUUACCAAAAACAAGCACUAUUGGUUAUCAGGAGCCGCUGAACAAGUUGACAGAACAGUUACGGGAGCAGAUUGCUCAGGCCGGCUUCACGGAGGCUCUCACAUUCUCACUGUGUUCACGGGAUGAUGUGGCGGCUAAGCUGGGGAAGGACAUUGCCACUCUGCCGGCUGUGCAUAUUGCCAACCCCAAGACGCUGGAGUUCCAAGUGGCCCGCACCUCACUGCUGCCAGGACUUUUCAAGACAAUAGCUGCGAACAAGAACAUGCCCUUGCCGCACAGGCUGUUCGAAAUAUCCGAUGUUGUUCUGCGGGACAGCGACACUGAAGUAGGAGCCAGAAACGAGCGUCACUUCUGUGCAGUCAACUAUAACAAAUCACCCGGUUUUGAGGUGAUCCACGGAUUAUUGGAUCGUUUCAUGCAGUUGCUGAAUAUACCCUUCAACCCGGACACUGGAUACUGCCUUAGAGCACAUGAUGAUAGCACAUAUUUCCCACAGCGGUGUGCUGAGGUGGUGGUGCGAGGGAAGGUAAUUGGUUUGAUGGGGGUGAUACAUCCUGAUGUCAGCACUAAGUUUGACCUCCAGCUACCAUGUGCUUGUACUCCUUGUGUAUGUUACAGAUAGCACAUAUUUCCCACAGCGGUGUGCCGAGGUGGUGGUGUGAGGGAAGGUAAUCGGUCUGAUGGGGGUGAUACAUCCUGAUGUCAGCACUAAGUUUGACUUCCAGCUACCAUGUGCUUGUACU